AUGUACAAACCCGCCGUCAAUCUACGUGAAGCCCUUGAGAAGGCUCGCAGAAGAGAGCAAAUGUCGCGAACGAAUCAACAAGAGGAGUCGGCGACUUGCGCGGCAGUACAAAGAAACCCAGCGGAACCCAACACGUCUCAUCCAAUCGAGAGUACUAGUUCCCGGUCGUGGUGCCCCUAUUGUGCACGAUUCGGUCGACGGGCCCAACACUGUGGACACAACCCUCCAACGUACCCGCGUGAUCAGAAAGAAUCAAAUGCAACCCCAUUUUCCUCAAAAGGUCGAUUAGAAGGCACCCCAGUAUCCUUCUUGAUUGAUACUGGAGCUUCAUGCUCCUCGGUCGGCGAAUACUUAGUCAAACCCACCCGUACUGCCGAUGCGAGACAAUCGAUCGUCACUGCUGUCAACGGUUCCAAAGUGCUCAUCAAGGGUAGAUCACAGCUGAAAGUGAGUCUAUCAAGGUUCGAAGUCACCCACCUCUUCUUGGUGUGUCAUGGUCUUCGAUGGGAGCCAUCUUGGGGAUGGACCUUUUGCGGAAAUAUUGUGACACGAUUACAAUCUUGA